CACUGACCUUCGUUAUGAGAACGAAAUAUUAGAAGAGCCGAGUUAUUCAAUAGUGUAGACAUUACCAUUUCCCGGUAUGCUUAAAUGCACUCUAAAAUAGUAGAGCUAUAUCAGGCUGUAUUACGUCAUAAGCGAACAGUAUCGGGAGAAGUUUCUUUUUCACUCACGCUGCAUCAUUGAAACAAAAGGCAUCAAAGCAAUGUUGAAAUAACAAGUAUCGUGGAUCGAAUGUUAUUCAGCGGACACGCACAGUUAGCGUUUCGUGCUAUUAAGAGCUGCAGCGUUUUAAAAUGUGGCCAAGAUAUUGUACACUGGUGUUGUUCUUGCACGUCAUCACCGCAGUGCCGGGAUCCAAUGGCGCGCGAAUUCUUGGCAUGUUUCCGUUGAAUGGCAAAAGCCAUUUUGCCAUGUUCGAGGCCGUGAUGAAGGGCCUUGCAGAUCGAGGGCAUCGCGUUGACGUGCUGAGCACUUUUCCUCAGAAGAAAGCGUACCCCAAUUAUACGGAUCUGAAUAUAGCGGAGUGGGUUCCAGUGAUAGUGAACAACAUGACCUACGAUUUCGUACUAAAGAUUGCCGGCUCCUCGGAAGAAACCUUCAUCGAUCACACGGGCAACAACGUUUGUGAUUAUCUGAAGCUACCUCAUCUGCAAAAACUUAUCAAUAAUCCUCCCGAUGAUCCUCCCUACGAUUUGGUCAUAGUCGAGUUGUUUUAUGCCAACUGUUACCUUGCCUUCGGAAGACACCUCAACGUACCAGUCGUAGGACUGACCUCAUCCCCGUUGCUUCCGUAUAUCAACGAACCUCUUGGAAAUCCCCUGAACACUGCCUACGUUCCCGAAAUCGAUGAUGGUUCCGUAUCUCAUAUGAAUAUCUGGCAGAGGCUCAAGAAUACCUUGGUCACGUGGAUGAAAAUCUACCAAAGUAGGUACUUUACACAGGGUCAAGAUGAGACCGUACGCAAGUACUUUCACCCCGACAUGCCUGGCAUCAGACAACUAGAACGAGAGCUGGCCUUGCUACUGGUCAAUUCCCAUUACAGCGUGAAUGGCAUCAGGCCAAUGACCCCGGCAAUCGUCGAAGUGGGAGGACUUCAUGUAAAAAACGACAGUACUGAGUUGUCGAAGGAGUUGAAGAAGUGGCUAGACGAAAGUGAAAAAGGCUUCAUCUACGUGUCCUUCGGCUCCAUGGUCACCAUUGAAUCUUUCCCAGAGAAAACUCUUCUGGAAAUCUAUACAGCGUUUAAAAAAAUCGCUCCUAUUCGGGUGCUGUUGAAGGUGGCGAACGCGAAAUCCUUACCGCCUGGUCUCCCCUCCAAUGUGUUAACAUCGAAUUGGGUGCCGCAAGUACAAGUUUUAAGGCAUAUGAAUAUCAAAGCCUUCGUGACUCACGGCGGUUUGAUGGGAGUCCAGGAAGCCGUGACAUAUGGCGUGCCGUUAAUCGGUGUUCCUCUGUUCCGCGAUCAGCCAGUGAACAUAAAUAAUUGCGCUGAUAAAGGUGCCGCGAUCUUAUUGGAUCACAGAGAUUUAACGGCGGAUAAAAUCGUGGCCAGCGUUAACGCGGUCACUCACGAUCCGAGCUACAAGAAAAAUAUGAAGGUGUUGUCUGACCGGUUCUUGGAUCGACCCAUGAGAGCGGGAGAAACAGCUGUGUAUUGGAUCGAGUACAUAUUGAAGCACGGAGGCGAUGCUUUAAGGUCUCCGGCAGUCAAAUUCACGUGGUGGCAAUUGGCUCUGCUUGACGUUUACGGAAGCGUACUAGCUGCACUAUUCGUCUUAUCUUACACAGCCAAGCUGAUACUGUCGGCUAUCUAUCGUCGGCUCUUGUACAGAAACAGGACUAGGUCGGCAACUAAGAAGAGAAAUUGAAUCUGCACAACGAUGGGAAGAUAUGACCUAUUUGAAAUUGUGAAUCGCUAAUCAGGAAUAUAAUUAGAACAAUCAAGGAAGAAUUGCGAAUUGAAAUAAAAUUUAAAUCUUUUGCUCAUGAUUUUAGAAAACAGAA